GACAACACAUCAGAGUUUACCAAGAGUUCAUCAAAUCUGGAUACAGAAACAAUUUACUCUAAAUCUCAUUUUCGAUUUCAACCAUUUAAUUUACACUCUAAUUUACACAUUUAAUUUACUUCAACAACCAACAGUGAAGAUGUUUCGCUUGUGCUGUGGGAAGUACUCAACUGCAGUCGUUGAACUGGUGGCAGAGAAGAUCAGAAAUGUCCCUGCUCCCAGCGCUCCCUUUGCCAUCCAGGACAACGACAGUACAGCCCCACUGAGGUAUCGCCUCUUCGGUCGGCCACUGACAAAAACAAAGAAGGAAGAAAAAGGUCAGGAAGAGAACAAGGAAAACGUCACCACAAAGAAGAAGAAGGCCAAGAAGUCACGGCGGUGGCGUUGUUGCAAGAAUAGAUGUCGCGUGUCCCCAACCCCCCAAGAAGAAGAGACUCCGGAGAAGUCCCAAGAUGAGGUGGUGGCUGUCAAAAGACCGAUGGAGAAAGAGAAGGAACCAAUGAAGGACGAGGGAAUUCCUCAGGCCCUGUCCACCAAAAAGGAGGAAGUCACUGUGACCACACAGAAGAAACUCAGGAGUGAGCAUAUUAAGUGUCUAGGGUUUCCCAACCCAGCACAGAUAUGCUAUAUUAACUCAAGCCUGCAGAGCCUGCUCACACUGGAGGACUUUGUAACAGCCAUCAGUCACCAGGAGCAGGUCUGGAGUUUAAUACCUGAAGCAGCAGUCCUAAGAACAUUCAAGAACAUCAGCGAGCAUCACUUCUCCGGUGAUGCUCAGGAGAAACUCCGCCUUCUUGCUGCAUUCAAGAGGGCGGUGGCUCUGUGGGCUCCAGAGUUUGGGGACCAUCAGCAGAAAGUGAGUGAGCAGCUUCAGUGGUGUGUUGUUUCAUCUGAUAGUUCCUCCUUUGUGUUUAAACUCUGUACAAUUGUUUGUGUGUAUCUACAGGACGCCCAUGAGUUCCUGACAGCUGUCCUUGAACAGAUGAGAUACUGGGGCCCACAGCUGCAGGUGCUGACCGCCGGCAUGGGCAUGGCCUACAGCUGUCCAGUAGAAGACCAUCUGAUGUUCAAAAUACGAAACACCAGGACAUGCAAGAGGUAAAACUAGACAGUUACCUACAUCACAUA